AAAUACUGAAUAAUCUACUCUCUACUCAACCACUACCACUAAACAAACCAAUACUCUGAGCAAUCCUACCAAGAUGAACCUCGCCCACCCCUCCUCCCGUCCCUUCUUCAAGAGCCACCCCCACAUCAACCCCCAGAGUCUGAAGAAACCCAGUCGCUGGUAUCUGCCUGCCAUGGCUGCUAUUGCUCUUGGCUUCGGCGCGUACAACCAUUUCACCGCCACCCAAAGCACCGCUCCCACCAACCUCCAAUCCCAAGCUCAGCUCCAGCAACAAGAGGAAGAGCGUCUGCGCAAGAAUCGGGCGUUGAUGGACGCGUACGGCGAGAAGGAGACGUUGCAGGAUAUCGAGCGCGCGUUGGUGGUGUAUGAUCUGCAGUGACUGCUGCUUCAGCCAUCAGCGGUGUGUGUGUCUAUCGGAUUGGUUAAUGGGUUUCGGGAUGAUGGCGUUAUCGGUUGAUUGGACGGCUUAGCGAUUGGGAGGGUAUCAAGGAAUCAGGCUGCGGAUAUGAUAUGGUUAUGAUGCAGCUGGUCUGUGAUCUGGGCCGAUAUGAUGGUUAUGCAUGAUGCAUGGUUUGUCUCACUGGAGUUAAAUCAAUGGAUUUUUUUUUU